GUUGGCUUGCUUGUUUCUCGAAACUCUCUCGAUUCGGCUCUCCUCUAUUUGGUCUGCUUUGGGACCCCUGAUUCGGGCCUCACGACUUUGUCGGCAGUCAUCCUCGACAAUGGCGCCGGUCAUGCGCAGGCUCGCGCUGCUGGUCAGCUUCGCGACGACUUAUGUCCAUGCCGAGAGCUUCUGGUCAAGCAGUGCCAAUAUCGAUGACACGCUGGGGGCUGAUGUUCUCGGCUCGGAAUCCUUGGAGUCGCUCAUGGGUCAGGACCUACGGGCAAGAGCUGCCGCAAAUUUCUGCGGUACCAUCGGCGGAGUGGACCAGAAAUGCCCAUCAGGCCAGGUCUGCUCAGUCGACCAUGACACCCAGUCUAUCGGCUGUUGUCCGAGAUCCAACCCACAAUGCGACAUCCCCACGUCAUGCAAAGGGUUUGGGGGUGACAGCUUUUUUGGUCGUUUCAAGCGUGCCGAUGGCGACAAUGCGAAGCCAAUUACUUGCUCGGGCCUAAUCUUGAAUUCUUGUGUGACUUAUACUUAUUCCGGCGGUCCAUACAAUGGCUAUCACAUGUAUUCGUGCGACUGGGUGUCCUCUUCGCAAACAAUCAAUAUGCCAGAGGCCCUGGACUCAGAUCCAGAUCCGCCGUCCAGCAAGACCACAACUAGCUCCACCACGACUCGUCCCAGGCCAACUACUUCGGUUACCAGGACAUCAACACGGCCAGCAACGACGACUCCGACGACAGCUAGCGAUGAUGAUGAUGACAACAGCAGCAGCACAACGACGGAUGAUCCUUCCACAGCCGCGAAUGUUCCCCCCACAACCACAAACGGUGUUGGUGGUGUUACACAGGCCACUAAUACGGGCGCGGCUGCUACAUCGUCUCGGUCACCCACCCCUACUGCGGCAGCGGCUGAUGGAUCUACGGUUCCUCAGGGCAACAACGUCGGCGCCAUUGUCGGCGGCGUGCUUGGCGGUCUUGCGGUUGUGGCUAUAGGCAUUGGUGCCUUCUUGUACUUCCUCUGGUACCGCAAGAAGAGGGAACAGGAGAACAGUUAUCUCCCAGCCAUGGGCUACACGAACGACAGUGCCUUUUACUCACAACCACCCCUCGGUAGUGCUCAGCAACAAGGAGCUGCCACGUACGGAGCUCGUGGUUCCCAGGGAGACUACGGAUCGGUGCGUGGUAUGGGAGGUAGCCCACAGAACACGGCCGGCAGCGGUGCAGGAUAUGGGCCUGCAGCAGCAGCAGGUACUGGCGCGUUUGGAACCGGGGUGGCCGCCGCCGCAGCUUCAAGUCCUUACGACAGGAGCUACUCUUCACGGCACGACGCGGGCAGUGCGUUCUACGGCAAGACAAUGGAUGACACUGCGGUCUCUCCGGUGGAUACAUCACCCGUCAGUCCGCUCAACUCGCCAAUUCCCAGCAGGCUGUCAGCUGUGCGGCCGGUCUCUCCGCCUCAGGCUUACAACCGGUUCAACCCGCCGCCACCGGAACACUUUCGUGCCUACAAGCCAUAUGAAGGCACGUGAGGGGAUGUGUUUGUGGCAGUACCUGCUUCAGCGCUUCGGGUUACUGCGUGUUCUUUUCUUGUACAAUGAUGUGUCAUUCACACAGUUUUGGAUGUUGAGACGGACAUGGUCAACCGGUAGAUCAUUGCCACCCUCUCCAUUUUCGCAACCAUCUUUGAGCGCAUACCCCCUUUCUUCCAAAUUGCCUGCCAGCAAUUUCCAUCAUUUAUAUUCAUAUAGUUAUUGCCAAAUGCUCAUCAUGAUGAACGCUCAUGCGCUAAAGUUUUACACCACCUUGCACACAUUAUGGGGC